UCCUGCUGAAUAGGUCUAACUCAGGUUGUGCUCAGUCUAUGAUGUGGUUAUCUGCUGCCAGAAUAGUUGCUGCUGCGGAACAUUGCUUCUCUCGCUCGAUGUUGGACACCCGUUUAUCCAAAUUGCUAAGCUUGGUAUUGACUGAGGAUAAGGUUCUGCGUACAACUUGCCUUCAGCAAGCAUCAGCACAGGGAUUCAUUGAAAACAUGAUGUCGACAGCUUUGUUACUUUGCUUUCUUGGCACAGCGUUUGCAGCACCAACACCACAGCAACAAGGAGCUACAGAACCUGCCAGUAUAGAAAUCCUCGUUCCAUAUGGAUUCCCAGGCCAAGCCUUCGGACUGCCACAGCCCCCCUUAUCAAACCACCCCUCCUCCCCAGCACAGAAUCCUCUGCACGGACACACCGGGCCUGUCAGCAUUGAGUUUCUGUAUCCUUAUGGUUAUCCAGGACAAACGUUCGGAAACCCACAGCAACCAACAUCAAUCUUUCCUUCCCACGGAUUUAUCAAGCCCAAUGGUAGAUGGAGUAAUGAAGUACACGGCAAUCCUCAAUCCCCUCCAGACCAGAAUCCCCAGCAACAAGGACCAGCAGGACCCACCAGCAUAGAAAUUCUAGUUCCAUAUGGGUAUCCAGGACACACUUUUGGACUGCCACAACAAACACAGCAGAAUCCUUCAGCACCGGGAUCACAGACACCCCAGCAACAAGGACCAACGGGACCUGUCAGUAUAGAAAUUCUGUAUCCUUAUAGAUAUCCAGGCCAUCCCCUUGGACAUCCACAGCAAACCGUAUCAAAGACCAAUCCGGCUGCACCACAGACUCCUCAGCAGCAAGGACCCACAGGCGCUGGCAGUAUUGAAAUCCUGGUUCCAUAUGGCUACCCAGGCUCUUUAGGACACCCUCAGCAAACAGGAUCUAUCUUCCCAUCCCAGGGAUUCAUUAAACACAAGGUGCCACAACCAGCGGGUCAACGCAGUGUAGAAAUUCUGUACCCAUUUGGGUUUGGACACCAGCAACCGAAGUUCCCAUUUGGAAAUAUGCCUCCAGCAAUGCCACAGCAGCCAUCUCAACAGGACACAAAUGUUGACCCUUCUGUUGGGAUGCUGCAGGAAUCAGCACAGCCUGGGCGACCACAUGAAGAUGCCCAAGCUGAACAGGAAGAUUAAUUCAAUUGAAAUGCCAGUACUCUGCAAAGCUGCUCUGUGAAGUCGACGAAAAACCGGGGGUGGAAAAUCACUGUUUAGAUUUGUUUCUUCUUGUUGGUAGAAAAAAAAUAUAUAAAAACUGUGGGUCUGGAACUGCAAGAUAUGGUUGUUUGCUUUUAGACUAAUAGUGUAAGGUGACUGAUCCCUGUCCAGAUAUUUAGAAAUGAAUUAAAAUGUGUAAUAUUUGGUAUUAAGAUGUUUAGUGAUUUCAAUAUGUUUGUUGUAAUAGAUCCUCUUAAUUGUAUUUGGCACUUGAAAUGUUCAGCCUUAAACAGUAUACA